UGGUCAGUCUGGGCGGUCUGGUCAGUCUGGUCGGUCUGGUCGGUCUGGUCGGUCUGGUCAGUCUGCACGCAGCCUCAGUGUGCUCAUUGUCUAUGUAACUAGAUGGACUGGCUAGUAAGCGGACUGGAAAAAAAAGUAUGUUUUUAGCCUGCUAUGCUAGCAUCACAGAGCACUUGCUAAAUUAGCUUGCUAGCUAACAGCGAUUCAUCCCUGAACAAUGACUCCUACUGGUAUGAGGGGUAAUGCACUUCAGUGAGAACAAGUUUACCAUCCAGAUGCAUGUCUGGGUAACGUUACCCUGCUUAACUUUGAAAAUAAGCUGUGUUGGUUUCAGCAUUAAUGUAAACACCUUUAGGCAUUGAUCAGCUUCCAAACUCAUUUGCGUAGACUACCUAAAUAACAUUGAAUAGUUGAUGGCAUGAUGUUGAAACAAUGACGUUGAUUCAGAUUUUCAUUGAAUUUAAAUUGACAUUUGACCCUAAUUUCAAUGUUUACAACACUGGUUGAAAUGAGAUUUAAAAAAACAAAAACACAUGUGCUCAAUGGGAAGUCUGUCUUCUGCACUAUUAUUUUCACAAUCCAUUUGAAAUUUGUUGAAUAGUUUUAAUCUAUCCAGUCCCUGUCCCAGCUGUGUUUUCAAUACCCCCAUACACUAGCCUACUCUGUCUGGCUUUGCCUCCCUCCAUCCAGCUGAAAAGUGUAACGCUGCAACAAUUGCUCAUUAUAUGGGGGAAUCAUUCAAUGUAUGAUUCUAUGUAUGAGGGUCGAUGUAAUACACCAUACAGAAGUAGUCUAAAACAAAUUGUGUGCAUGGGUUUGUGUGUGUGGUGUCAAUGGUCAUUUAUGUGGUCUGGGAGCAGAGUGAGCUUUGUGAACCGCCUGGAAUGCGUCAGCAGUUGGGCUCUAAUGAGUUUGUCAGUGGCAUUGUGCUGCUACAUUACAAAUGGCUGCCUUAAUGAACCUUCCUAAACAGACAACUAGCUCGAGGUCUACACUUCAACAUUGUCAAGAUGAGGUUUCAAAUGGUUCUCUUGACUUUAUCCAUCUGCUUUGGUGCCGUUUCAUCGUCUCCCUCCAUGUCCAACCCUUUGCCCUCGGACUUGAAGAGAAAGACAGGCUGUUUAAAAAUGAGUAACUGUAGAUGCAUCAUGAAGGACGGCUCAGGGGUGAUAAACCUGGUAGCCAUGGCGGAUUCAGACGGAUUCUUGGGACACCUAAAGCCUGUGCCCUCGGAGAACGCACCACCAGAUGCAGAAAUCCUCCUCUCCUUCAGCCCCUGUCAACCGUUCUCUGAGCCAGAGGACCUCGCAGGGACAGACUGCACAGAUGUGGCUGCCUGUUUGACAGUCAGGUUUUACAGAAAUAACAGAUACAUCAGUCAUUACAUAAACUAUGGGAGACAUGAGGGCAACGAAUUCCAUUACAACAACAGCUUGCAGACACUGUCUGUUUCAUAUUCUGUCCUAGAGUACACCCAACCCCUGACAGUAGUACACUACCGUUGUAGUCCCAACAGAUCCACUUCUUUCGCCCUACACUUUAAUGGAGACAUUCCCCUGCAAAUCUGGGUGGAGAGUCCCUGUGCAUGUCCAAACGCCUGUGCCCUGGGGGACGUGGGUCCUGGCACCAUCUUCCUCAUCAUCCUCUCCCUCAGCGCCACUGCCUACUUUAUCCUGGGGUCCUGUGCUUUGCGGCCAUUCAGGGCAGGCAGUGGAGUGCAGAUCGCUCCAGAGGAAAGUCUGUGGUGCAUGCUCUGUUACAUGUUCACUGAACGCAGAGGGGGUAGGAGGAGAAGAUACAUCUCCCUGCAAGAGGAAACCCUGUGAAGCAUGGGAUAUCGGAUAAAUGGGGAAUGAGAAAGUGGAAGAUGACACAAAGCUACUGCAUAUGAAAUGACGCUGAGGGAAACUUGGGCUUGAGAUCGAUUAUAUUUCCAAUGAUUUGACUGAUAUAGAAAAUCAUGUCUCCUGCAUGUAUAUGUUAAUGAGUGGGGUUAAUAGCAGUGGGAUAGCAUUGAACAGCAUAACUAAGAACCAGACUAACAUUUUAAACAAAGUUAUUGCUCCAUUUAGUUUAAUAAAGAUUGAAAACAGAAGAAAAAAAAUCAAAUACAUUUUUAUUGUUCAUGAAACAUUUAGGGAGGAUCACAAAAAUAGACUAGAAUUACUGUUCAUUUUAAAAUCUAGUAUACAUGUGCAUUUGUUAAAAUGACAAUCUAAGAUUAAUAAAUGUUUUAACAAGAUUAGACAAAAUGCUAAUUUAUGUGUAGGACACUGGGGUUGUGUGUAUAGCUUAAACCCCUCUUCAAAUAGGAAAUAAGAACGGGAAAAAAAAAGAAUUCAAUCUAAAGUGCUGUCGCAAUGAACGUCACACAUCACCUGAGACCAUUCAAUGUAAACCCAGCUGUGCUCAAUAUUAGCCCAUGUGAUAACUGAUAUUUUGUACAUAAUGCACAGCAAUAAAUACAGAAUCUCAUUUAAGACAUUCAUAGGCAGACAACUGACAGAUAAUAUGUAUCAGCACAUUGCAAAAUGUUAACUCUGAACAAGUGUAUCAAACCUCCAAGAAUUCAGUCCAUAACAGCUCUAUUAGUCACAUAUGACAGAAAAAGUAUAUCCCAGUUUACAUUCAGAUAUGUAGGAAAACAAUUUGUUCUGUAUUUUUCAACAUCACUGAGAAUGUAAUUCUAUAAAAACAAUAAACAGGGAACCUUCCAAA